GUCAAGACAGAUCCUUGACAGCUCAUUCCAUAAGCUCCAAUUUGUCUCAAGUAUCGUGGUAAGCAUAACAGUGGGAGGAAGAAAGGUGGCACUGAUCCUGUGAAGGUGGAAUGGAUUACAGAGUCCCCGGGGCAGUGAUCAAUGGAGAAAUACCUGCCCAACCUUCUGGGGAAAAGAAGAAAAAGGAAGCGGUGGACCAAACGUUAGAACGAGACCACUGGAACAACAAGCUGGAGUAUGUGCUCUCUGUGGCAGGGGAGAUCAUUGGCUUGGGGAACGUCUGGCGGUUCCCUUAUCUCUGUUACAAGAAUGGUGGUGGUGCCUUCUUCAUCCCCUACCUCAUCUUCCUUUUCACCUGUGGAAUUCCAGUGUUCUUCCUGGAGACGGCACUUGGGCAGUAUACCAGUCAGGGAGGGGUCACUUCCUGGAGGAGGCUUUGCCCUCUCUUUGAAGGGAUCGGUUAUGCUUCCCAGGUGAUUGUGGUACUCCUUAAUUUCUAUUACAUUAUUGUCCUGGCUUGGGCCUUGUUUUACCUCUUCAGCUCAUUCACCAUAGAUCUUCCGUGGGGCAGCUGUGACCAUGAAUGGAACACAGGGAACUGCGUGGAAUUCCAGAAGACGAACUCCUCUCUAAAUGUGACAACUGAAAAUGCCACUUCCCCUGUCAUUGAAUUCUGGGAGAGGAGAGUCUUAAAAAUAUCCAAUGGCAUAGAACAUAUGGGAGGCUUGCGCUGGGAGCUGGCUCUAUGCCUCUUGCUGGCCUGGAUCAUCUGCUAUUUCUGCAUCUGGAAAGGAGUCAAGUCUACAGGCAAGGUGGUGUAUUUUACUGCUACAUUCCCAUACCUCAUGCUGGUAGUUCUACUGAUUAGGGGAGUUUCACUGCCUGGGGCAUCUCAAGGGAUCCUCUUCUACCUUUAUCCAGACCUCACUCGACUCAGUGACCCCCAGGUGUGGAUGGAUGCAGGCACUCAGAUCUUCUUCUCUUAUGCCAUUUGCUUGGGGUGCCUGACAGCUCUGGGCAGCUACAAUAAAUAUCAUAACAACUGUUACAGGGACUGCAUUGCUUUGUGUUUUUUGAAUAGUGGCACAAGUUUUGUGGCUGGCUUUGCAAUCUUUUCCAUCCUGGGCUUUAUGGCACAAGAACAAGGAGUGGCUAUUUCGGAAGUAGCAGAGUCAGGACCUGGCCUGGCGUUCAUAGCAUAUCCUCGAGCUGUCGUCAUGCUGCCUUUUUCCCCAUUGUGGGCCUGCUUCUUCUUCAUCAUGGUCGUUCUGCUGGGAUUGGACAGCCAGUUUGUCUGUGUAGAGAGUCUGGUGACUGCCCUCGUUGACAUGUACCCUGGAAUUUUCCGGAAGAAGAACCGCCGAGAGAUCCUAAUUCUGCUUGUUUCCAUCCUCUCAUAUCUUGUGGGACUGGUCAUGAUCACAGAGGGUGGGAUGUAUGUCUUCCAGCUGUUUGACUACUAUGCUGCUAGUGGAAUGUGCCUGCUCUUUGUCGCCAUUUUUGAGACACUGUGCAUUGGCUGGGUAUAUGGUGCUGACCGUUUCUAUGAUAACAUUGAAGACAUGAUUGGCUAUCGGCCAUUGCCUGUCAUCAAAUACUGCUGGCUGUUUGUCACGCCUGCUGUCUGCCUGGCGACAUUUUUCUUUUCUCUCAUUAAAUACACGCCACUGACGUACAACAAGAAAUACGUGUACCCAUGGUGGGGAGACACAGUGGGCUGGCUCCUGGCUCUCUCGUCUAUGGUCUGCAUACCUCUCUGGAUUAUCUAUAAACUCUCCACCAUUAAGGGCUCCCUCAGAGAGAGAUUCCAUCAGCUUGUCUGUCCAGAUGAAGACUUGCCCCAGAAGAUGUGCCCAGGUCAGCAGUUUCCUGCCCCCAGGACUGGGCUUCUGAUGUUGACUGAGCUGGAUUCUCACUGCUAGAGGGAGGCAUGGCAACCCUCUGCACUGGAUGAUCCUGGACAUUGCCAAUGGCCAAGGUGGAGAGAGGGACCCAUGAUCCUCAUUUCCCUUUCCCUCCCCAAAGGAUCAGUGGUGGCUGCUGGGGAAACAGAGCUCUUCCAAGAUGAUGUGGUGGGAGCAGAUGCUGCUGCUUCAUCCUCUAUUUGGGGGGUAUUUGCAGGAGCUGAUUCAAACCAAAAUGUUCCUCUGUGAAUUCUUCGGGGAGUGGAAGAGGAAAGACUGAACCCUGGGAUGGAAAUAAUUACAUGACUGCAGAAGCAUUGGCCUUUCAUGGGCUUUAGGAAGGUUUCCGUUCCAUCUAUAAAAUCAUUGUUCCUUUCA